AUGGAUCGUAAGAAACCGGACCAUACAGAUGGGAACGGCACGCCGAUGUCCCCGUUUGAUGAUACGUACAAACUAGAAGCGAACCAGGAAUUUGAUCUUGGGGCCCGCGACGAUGACUUCAAGUCCGAGUCGAUAUCGAAGGGCAGCGACGGCUUAUUCGAGGAAAUGGUCGUUGAUUCAACGCAAGACCUCGGGGAGAGGCCGAAUGACGUGGUAGGGUCCUCUGACGGCUCGUUAAAGAAAUCUGCCCAUCGAACUAGGAAACUGAAGCGCGAGAAAGCCUUCAGGCAAAUGAGAGACAACUUUAAAGACGCCAUUGACGAAUUCAAGGACAAAAAAGAAUCGGAUGAUCUCAACGAAAGAGACCGGUCAGAGGAGUAUAGGACCGUUUAUUUUAACAUACCGUUGCCUCAGGAUAUGGUUGAUGAGGAUGGGGAAGCCAUCGUGAAGUACCCAAGGAAUAAAAUCAGAACAACGAAGUAUACCCCUAUUAGUUUCUUCCCCAAAAACAUCUUCCUACAGUUUAACAACUUCGCAAACAUUUACUUUUUGAUUCUGUGUAUCCUCGGUGCGUUUCAAAUCUUUGGUGUGUCUAACCCGGGACUAGCCGCUGUACCACUGAUUGUUAUUGUCAUUUUGACGUCGAUCAAAGAUGGGUUCGAGGACUCGAGAAGAACUUUGCUGGAUAUGGAAGUGAACAACACGAAAACGCAUAUUUUGACCGGUGUGGAGAAUUCUAAUGUCCCAUUUGAUAAAGUGUCUAUGUGGAGAAAGUUCAAGAAGACCAAUACAAAAAUACUGAUGAGGGUGUUCCAAUAUUUUGGCGAGCACUUCACCAGUGCUGGUAAGGAGGCGCGCCAACAUAGACUACAACAAAAGAAAAAAUUCAAAAGAGCUGGGACCGCCCUGCCAAGGUCCUCGUUGGACAGUAUGCAAAGCAUCAGAAUGUCUGGUGAUUAUUUACGUCCGUCGUUGGAUCCACAGAUUGAUAACCAGUGGAAACAGGAAAACACAGGUGCCAAUUUGGUCAACACAAAUCUACCCGUCAACGAGGACUCCAAAUUCAAAAAGAACUAUUGGAAAAAUGUCAGGGUCGGGGAUAUCAUCCGUAUCCACAACAAUGAAGAAAUCCCAGCUGAUAUUAUUUUGCUCUCCACUUCAGAUGAGGAUGGCGUCUGCUGUAUUGAAACAAAAAACUUGGAUGGGGAGACAAAUCUGAAAAUUCGUCAAGCUUUGAAAUGUACCUCCAACAUUAGAUCACCCCGGAAUAUAGCCAGAACCAAUUUCUGGGUUGAAAGUGAGGGACCUCAUGCCAACCUGUUCAACUAUCAGGGGAAUUUCAAAUGGCUUGAUCCAACUGACCGUGCCACUAAGAACGAGCCUGUGUCUAUUAAUAACGUCCUACUUCGUGGUUGCACACUCAGAAACACGAAAUGGGCGAUGGGUAUGGCCAUAUUUACAGGGGACGACACCAAAAUAAUGCUGAACUCUGGCGUGACACCAACCAAAAAAUCGCGGAUUUCGAGAGAACUAAAUCUUUCAGUUUUGAUUAACUUUAUCGUACUUUUUGUGCUUUGUUUGAUUGCAGCCAUUGUCAACAGUGUUUAUUAUCAUCGAAAACCGAAAUCGAGAGACUUUUUCGAGUUCGGGACCAUUGCAAAGACUCCAACACUGAAUGGGUUUGUUUCUUUCUGGGUUGCCUUGAUUCUAUAUCAAUCGUUGGUGCCUAUCUCCUUGUACAUUUCUGUUGAGAUUAUCAAAACCUGCCAAGCCAUUUUCAUUUACCUGGACGUAAUGCUGUACUACGAGAAGCUUGACUAUCCUUGCACUGCAAAGACGUGGAGUAUUUCUGAUGAUUUAGGGCAGGUAGAGUACAUCUUUUCGGACAAAACAGGUACAUUAACACAAAAUGUUAUGGAGUUUAAAAAGUGUACUGUCAAUGGGGUCUCGUAUGGUAGGGCAUAUACUGAGGCUUUAGCUGGCUUAAGAAAAAGACAAGGUAUUGAUGUAGAUGCAGAAGCUAAAAUUGAAAGAAGGGAGAUUGCUCACGACAGAGAAGUAAUGAUUGACGAGCUGAGUAAGAUAUCUGAUAACUCGCAAUUUUAUCCUGAUGAAUUGACUUUCAUCUCGAAGGAAUUUGCCUACGAUAUUCAAGGUACAAAUGGCGCUAUUCAACAAAAAUGUUGCGAACAUUUUAUGCUGGCCUUAGCACUCUGUCACACUGCAUUGGUAGAACAUGACCCUAAAGACAGAAACAGACUUGAAAUCAAGGCACAGUCACCUGAUGAGGCUGCUUUGGUCACCACUGCAAGAGAUGUUGGUUUUGGUUUUGUUGGGAAAACCAAAACAGGAUUGAUCGUGGAAAUGCAAGGUGUUCAAAAAGAGUUUGAGCUCUUGAACAUCUUAGAUUUCAAUUCGACGAGAAAAAGAAUGAGCUGUAUCAUCAAAAUUCCGCCAAAAACUCCAGAUGGGAAUCCUUCUGCCCUGUUGAUUUGUAAAGGUGCCGAUACAGUGAUAUAUUCGAGACUAAGCCGCAAAAGCGGUGUGAAUGACGAAACAGUUCUGGAAAAGACAGCAUUGCAUCUAGAACAGUAUGCCACCGAAGGGUUGAGAACCUUGUGUGUAGCUCAAAGAGAAUUUGACUGGGCGACGUACGAGGCUUGGAAUGAAAAAUACAAUGUUGCAGCCGCUGCUUUGUCUCACAGAGAGGAGGAGUUAGAGGCGGUUUACGAGCUCAUUGAAAAGGACAUGGUUUUACUUGGUGGUACUGCAAUUGAGGAUAAGUUGCAGGAUGGUGUUCCAAACUCCAUUGCUAUGUUAGGUAAUGCUGGUAUAAAGUUAUGGGUUUUAACUGGUGACAAAGUCGAGACAGCCAUCAAUAUUGGGUUUUCCUGUAACCUGCUUAACUCCGAAAUGCAACUUCUAGUCAUUAAAUCAGAUGGGGAGGAUGUAGCACAUUAUGGUAGUACGCCUCAAGAAAUUGUUUCUAAUUUAUUGACAGAUUAUUUGCGCGAUAAUUUUGGUUUGCAAGGUACUGAAGAAGAGAUCAAUCACGCAAAGAACGAACACAGCGUCCCUAAAGGUGAAUUUGCCGUCAUUAUCGAUGGUGAAGCUUUAAAAAUCGCCUUAGCAAAUGAUGAGGACAGGAGGAAAUUCUUGCUGCUCUGCAAAAAUUGUAAAUCUGUGCUUUGUUGUAGAGUCUCUCCGGCUCAAAAAGCUGCUGUGGUCAAACUGGUUAAGAACACAUUGGAUGUUAUGACAUUGGCCAUUGGAGAUGGUUCGAACGACGUAGCUAUGAUUCAGGCAGCCGAUGUUGGUGUUGGUAUCGCUGGUGAGGAAGGGCGCCAAGCAGUCAUGUGUUCUGAUUUUGCAAUUGGUCAGUUCAGAUAUUUGACGAGGUUGUUACUGGUGCACGGAAGAUGGUGUUAUAAAAGAUUAGCCGAGAUGAUUCCUCAAUUCUUCUACAAAAAUGUUAUUUUCACUUUUGCCUUGUUCUGGAACGGUGUCCACAACAAUUAUGACGGUUCUUACCUGUUCGAGUUCACUUACUUGACUUUCUACAACUUAGCGUUUACCUCCAUUCCUGUUAUUAUCAUGGGUGUGUUAGAUCAAGAUGUCAGUGCCAAAAUAGCUAUGGCGGUUCCAGAACUCUACAGAUCCGGAAUUCUGCGACUGGACUGGAAUCAAGGCCGGUUCGUGUGGUACAUGCUUGAUGGUCUUUAUCAAUCUGUGAUAUGCUACUUCUUUCCCUACCUGCUCUACCGUAAAAAUAACAUUGUUACGAAGAACGGGCUUGGGCUAGACCAUAGAUUCUACGUCGGGAUACCUGUCGCUGGUAUCUGUGUUAUUGCUGCUAACUGUUACCUGCUAAUGGAACAGCGCAGAUGGGAUUGCUUUAGUUGUUUCUUCAUUUUCCUCUCUGUUGUCAUCUACUUUGGAUGGACGGGUAUUUGGUCCAGUUCGUUGAACAGUUUUGAAUUCUUCAAGAGCGCGUCGCGUGUGUUCGACACGCCCGCAUAUUGGGCCGUCAUCGCUGUGGGUUCGUUUUUCUGUUUACUCCCAAGGUUCACCUACGACUGUGUCCAAAAGAUGUUGUAUCCCAGCGACGUUGACAUCAUCAGAGAGAUGUGGAGUUCAGGGAUGUUCGACCGGUACCCUGAAAACUACGAUCCAUCAGAUCCGGACCAAGAAAAGUUGGAGGCUGUGUAUUCCACUCCAUUUGGGGAUACCAGCUACGGCCACAUCGACAUUGCAUCAUCGUCAAACAAUCCUUCUACAAGUGUUGUCGACGAGGAGUACGCCAUGGGGAAUAUACCUUCGCACAAAGAAGGUCGUCUAGACAAGGGAAGUGAGAAUAGGAUGAAUGUAGGUGGGCCGCAGUUCAGAAAGAGCAUCAACGGCAAUAUGGAUGCAGGAUGGUCAGCGAUCCGAACGUCGCUCGAUCGGACCAGGAACGACAUGCUUGCCUCCAGAGAACUCGACACCAGAUUUUCGGUCGAGCGUGCAAGGGUGUCCCUGGACCUGCCCGGUCUCACCAAAGCAGAGACACUACUAAAGUAA